AUUCGUGUCAGCAUGAAUAUCGGCGAUGCAAGUCAGUUCGUUUUGCUGUUGGUUUUUAGCUGGACUCUUAAAGUCCAAGCGACCUGUCCAAAUGUUCACGGAGGAAUGCCGGUUUCAAGACCGUUAGGCCAAUUAGAUUCUCCCGGGGUGACGGGAUUGAAUUUUGAAAAUCCGAUAACGUGUAAUGGCUUUGUGACAGGUUGGCGAUUUUUUCCAGUCCGGUCGGAGGAGUUCGUAGCGCUGGUCUUUCGUCCAUUCAAAGUCAGUGAUCACAAAUAUGCCGUUGCUGGAAGAACCAUUAUACCAGCGCAGCAGAGACUGAAUCAGAUACGUGAGCAUAAACUACAACACUCCGAAUGGAUACCAGUACUUAGUGGUGACGUCAUAGGAUUCAAAUUUGAAAAUGCUUUAUUGACUUAUGACGACUCUACAUCCUCUAUGUUCUCAUUUGCCCAUGGAGUCAAUAAACACGAGUAUAUGUUGGGAACCGUUCAUGUUAUUGGAGAUGGGAUAAGUUAUCGAACCUAUUCUUUUCAGGCCGUUUUGCAAGAUUCCUACUUGCCCUGUCACAUUAUUAAGCGACCGUUUAUGAAGCCGACUACAAACAUUAUAAAUCAGUCGCGAAUGUGGAUGGAUGAUUGGAACAAGAUUAAGUGUCCAGGUACGAUCAUUGCAUGGCGGUUUAUUGCAAGUGGACCUGGAGACAUCAUCGCUCUGGUUUACAGAGCGGUGGACGCGGACGAUAGCCUUUACGAAGUUGUAGGUAAAACAAUGAUUCCGUCACCUGCAGAGCGGGAUGUAGUUACUGAAUUCAAGCUUACAUAUUCUGAACGAAUAGACGUCACACCUGGAGACAAACUUGGCUUUGCGUUGACAGGUGACGCGCUCUACCAACAGGUCGAUGACUCUGAUGCGGCUACAGUAUAUAAACACAAGAGCAGGCCUAACGUAAUUGAGGUUGGGGACCAAAUCCAGUUUUCCGACGACAAAAGAUUUAGACGUGUCACGCUUGAUGCUAUUUUAGAAGAACCGACUCUAGUGCACCAGUCCAAAGUUAUUUUAAAAGACUUCAAACUUCAAAACCAUAUCACUGAAAGUAUCACGAGUAAAAGAUUGGCGACCUGCGUUACAAAAUGUCUCGACGACGAAGAUUGUCAGUCGGUCAAUUACAACCAAAAUCACAUGACGUGCGACCUAAAUGACGCCACCAGGGAUGAGGAUAGCGUAAACUUUGUUGCAGAAGCUGGUGGUACAUACAUAGAAACAAGUCGUAAACUGACGAUGUGUAUUAGAGACAGGAUAGAAUGUUAUCACGAGUAA